AUGGUAACCUUCAACGAGUCACCAGACAUCCACCAAAUGCAGCCCCCAUCCACUAUACCUGCGCACAUGUCACCAGGUUUGCGACGCAAACAGCUGAUGUGGCAGAAUGCUGUCAAGCACAUCAUUAGCCAAAGGGCGCUGAGCGAACAGGUCGGAGUGGAGCCAGCUCGAAAGAUACAUGUCACGGAUGCAUAUAUCGAGGAGAUCAACCAGCAGAUACGUAACAAGCUAUCUCGUGGUUUCACUAAGCGCCGUUCCUCAGCUGCCCGUGUGCACCCCUCUUUUUUUGGUGAACGGUCCAGUUCCACCACGCAUCCUGGUGGCUCCUCUGAUUACAUUAGCGAUGCCGAUUUCUUUGUACGCUGGGGCCAUCCGCUACAUGGCGUAUAUCUGCCAAUAUUACGACACACCUUCAAAUCCCGUGACCUGGAGAAACUCUACCAGCGCCACUCAUCCCACCAGAGACGUACCUCACUGGUGGUCACCAACAUCAUUGACGCUGCUGCAAAGUUGCAUUUGCUCUUUCUUUACCUGGUGUUGGCUCCAGAGGAAUCAGACCCAGUACGUGGUUGGUUGACAGGGAUCUUCAUGGCAUUUGCAAUGACUUUAUGUAUCCUCGUGUUAACCUGUAAAGGAUCUAAUUCACCAGGUUGGCUGCACUAUGCUGGGCUUGCAAGUUGGCUGUCACAGACAGCUCAGGUUGUUGGCGGUCUGGCCUAUGGACUGGAGAGGGACCCAUCCUGGUAUUUGCUGUUCACUUUGUUUGCCACAUACACUCUGCUCCCCUUACCACUGCUCUGGGCUAUAGCUGCAGGUUCACUAACCACCAUACUGCAUGUCAUUGUGGAAAUUGUCCUUCACUUCAAUGAAGCUGGAUUGCUGAGAAAGGUCUGUGCAAAAGGCUUGCUCUAUUUGAGCAUGAACACUGCUGGUCUGUUCAUUCACUACUUGACUGACAGAGCUCAGAGACAAGCCUUCUUAGAGACACGUCGUUGCAUUGAGGGUCGCAUGAAACUGGAAACAGAGAACCAAAGACAGGAGCGCUUGGUUCUGUCCAUUCUUCCUCGUUUUGUUGCCUUGGAGAUGAUUGCUGACAUGACCUCCAUGGAUGAUGAUCUGCUGCCUCAGCAAUUUCACAAGAUCUACAUUCACCAUUACACCGACGUCAGCAUCCUGUUUGCAGAUAUAAAGGGCUUCACUCUGUUGUCCAUGACCAUGUCUGCCCAGGAGUUGGUACGAACUCUUAAUGAACUGUUUGGUCGCUUUGAUCGUCUGGCUGAGGAACAUCACUGCAUGAGGAUCAAGAUUCUGGGCGACUGUUAUUACUGUGUGUCUGGGGUCCCAGAACCUCAGAGGGCUCAUGCCCGAUGCUGUGUGGAAAUGGGCCUGGCUAUGAUCAGCACCAUACGGGUUGUGAGCAAACAGCUGAACCACCACAUGGACAUGAGGAUAGGAAUUCACUCCGGUUCUGUCCUGUGUGGGGUCCUUGGCCUUCAGAAAUGGCAGUUUGAUGUGUGGUCCUGGGAUGUGGCUGUUGCCAACAUGCUGGAGGCUGGAGGUAUUCCUGGUCGGAUCCACAUCUCACGGGCUACCCUGGACUGCCUAGAGGGAAACUACCAGACAGAAGAUGGACGCGGUCAUGAUCGGAACGAGUUUCUACGGAAGCACAAAAUUGAUACCUUUCUGAUCUGUCACAAGGAGGAAGGAGAGGAAGAUUUGGGGGUAGUGAAGCCACCUAAAACAGUCAACACACACCGUACAUGGAGCACUGAAGUCCCCUUUGGCAACAUCAUUGAUAUGAACUGUAUCCUGGCCUCUUUCACCAAUGGUUCCCUGCCACAGCUGCCCAACACUGCAUCAGCACGACGUUCCACCUCCAAGGAGAUAAACAAACGCAUUCAGCACGCUAUCGAAGUACGCAGCAGUGAGCGCAUGCGUCAGGAGCAUAUCACUCCAGCCACGCUGGUGUUCAAGGAUACCCACAUUGAGGAGAAGUUCUCUCUGGUGAGAGAUGAGAUGUUUAAGACCAACUUAGUCUGCUCCUUCAUUAUGCUCCUCUUCCUCAUGGCCGCCCAGGUUCUCAUCCCAGGACCCAGGUCAUGUCCUGUCGUGGUCCAGCUGAGCCUCUUCUUGUCAGCCUAUCUUCUCUUGCUGGUGGUGGCUUUGGCUGAGGAGUUCAAACAGUCACCACUGGCCCUGCAGCAGCUCUGCUGCUGGAUCCACGAGAACAACAGCAUGCGUAACCUGCUCACCCUCACUGCUAUAACCAUCAACUUCAGCAUGGUUCCAUCAGGCAUGGUGUGGUGUGAUUUUGCAGAGACUGGGAUAGGAGAGAUGGAGACCAAUAAGAGCAGUAUGCAGCAGCCUGCUCAGUGGCCCCUUACUGUUUGCACAUACCCAGAGUUUUUUGUUCUGAGUGGCGUGAUUUCCAUGGUGACGUGUGCAGUGUUCCUGAGGUUGAGUUCUCUUCUUAAACUGACUGUUAUGGCACUAGCAGUUAUUGCAUACGCCUAUUUUAUUGAAGUGUCCUUCCACACACUGUACACCAGGCAACAAGAGCAGGAGCACAUGGCCAGGUCUCAUUACCUGAGGAGGAAAGGAAUCUCUAUUCUGCUCAUGGCCAUGAUUGUAGUGGCUGUGUUCUACAAUGGUCGACAGUGGGAAGCCACAGCGAGGCUGGACUUUUUGUGGCGUCUGCAGGCGCAGCAGGAAGUGGAGGAUAUGCGGGAGCUGAGAGAACAUAACGAGUGCCUGCUUCACAACAUCCUGCCCGCACACGUGGCGCGACACUUCCUGGAGAGGAACAGGAGCGAUGAGGAGCUGUACUCACAAUCCUAUGAUGAGGUAGGGGUCAUGUUUGCCUCCAUCGCUGGGUUUAAUGACUACUAUGAACAAAAGGAGAUUCAGCAUGAGGGAGUGGAGUGUCUCCGACUGCUCAAUGAGAUCAUCGCUGACUUUGAUGAGCUUUUGGAGGAGUCCUACUUUCUUGAUAUAGAGAAAAUCAAAACUAUUGGCAGUUGCUACAUGGCAGCAUCUGGUCUGUCUCCAGACAAUAAAAAGAAUCGUGGUGGGAGUGACUGGCAUCACCUGAGUGAGCUGGUGCUGUUUGCCUUAGCCAUGCAGGAGACUCUGAGGGAGAUAAACAAACAUUCCUCCAAUAACUUUCAGCUCCGUGUUGGAAUUGCCCAUGGACCCGUUGUUGCUGGGGUGAUCGGUGCCACAAAACCACAGUAUGAUAUUUGGGGAAUGACUGUCAACCUGGCGAGCCGAAUGGACACCACCGGUGUCAAUGGGCGGAUCCAGGUCCCUGAGGCCACACAAAAAAUCUUAGCAGACUGGGGCUUUGUGCUGGAGCUACGUGGCGAGAUCUUCAUCAAGGGCGUUAGUGAGCGGCAAGGGCGCAUCCGGACAUACUUCAUCAGCAGCACCAGGGGCCAGAGAACCAGCAAUGGAACAGUAGGAGGACGAACCGGCGGUCGUAGCAGUGGGAGGAACACUCUGGCUGCUGUAGUCUUUGGACUUGUUCAAGCCAUACACAAGGAGAAGCAGAGAGGCAGUACUGGAGGAUUCACCCUACCCACCAGCAGCUUGCAGUGUUGA